CGGGAUAGAAAGCGGUAGGUCUCCGUGAUAACAGGCCUUUCCUCCUCUUCCAUCGCAGGCUUCCCCUCCUCCGUCAUUCAUAAUAGGCUUUUCCGCCUCCUUUGUGGCCUCGUCGUCGUCACCGCGUGGCGCUCUGCUAUAGAGAUCCGCCAAUUUGACGCUGCCACGCGUGUCAUGCUCCGCUCAACCUCUCCAUCGGUUGACUUGUAAUUGUGCCGAAGUCAGUCUCCCGUUCUCUCGAAGCGGCUUGUCAGAAGCAAAAUGGCGCGGAGAUCUUCGAAGGCAUUGCUGUGGGCUCUCUUGGCGGUGCUGCUCAUCGCUUAUCCACUUACAAAAGUUUUGACACCUGUGCACGCGGAGGAGAAGGCGGAGUCGUCCGAUGAAGAGGACUCUGACGACGAUGAAGGGACUCCGGCAGUUCAGGAGGAGGCUGAGGCGGACGUCGGUGAGUCGGCGUUAACGGAACAGUAUAUGGAAGGAGGAGAGGGGGAAGGGUACAAUGAAGGGGAGGAAGGUGACGAAGCGGGUGCGGCAGGGGGGGGGGAAGAGCCCGAGGAGGAGGAGGAGGAGAAAGUAGAUGAGAAGGAUGUCGUGGUUUUGACGGCGGCUACCUUUAAUGACACCGUUUCGAAGACAGCCAAGGUGCUGGUGGAGUUUUACGCGCCGUGGUGUGGCCACUGCAAGACGUUGAAACCUGCGUACGCAAAGGCAGCCACGAUUUUGAAGGGGUACGAUGACAAAAUUAUCCUCGCCAAGGUCGACGCAACUCAGGAGAAUGACCUCGGCCGGGAGCAAGGUGUGCAGGGAUAYCCCACSCUCUACUGGUACGACAACGGCGUGAAGAUAUCGUAUACUGGAGGCCGCUCCGUGGAUGAGAUUGUGCAGUGGGUUAAGAAGAAGACUGGUCCCCCGGCUAAUACCAUUUCCACAGCGAAGGAGAUGACCGACUUCUUGGCUGCGAACCGUGCAGCAGGCGUUGGCUUCUUCAAGAAGUUUGAGGGCAAGGAAUGGGAGCAUUUCCAGCAGGUGGCAAAGAAAGAAGACGCUUUGUCCUUUGCUCAGACCACAUGUGCUGAGGCAGCAGCUGCUGCCGGCAUCACGGCUAAGGCACCUGCUUUCGCGGUCGUUAAGGCCGAGGAUGAGAAGUUUAAUGCUCUCGAUGGCGAGUUCGUCUAUGAUGAGCUCAGCAAGUUUGUCGCUGCCAACAAGCUGCCGAUUGUUACAUUGUUCACGACCGGCAAUGUUGAAAUGAUCUUUGGCAGUGCUGUGAAGAAGCAGGCUCUGUUGUUCCUCCCAGCAGACAAGGAGGCAGAGAUUCUCCCUCUGUUUAAGAAGGCGUGCGGCGAGCUCAAGGGCGAUGUGAUCUGUGUCCAUGUUAAGGCCGAUCACGAGGAUUCUUCACAGGUGUACGAGUUCUUCGGCGUUCAGUCAGAUGCUGUGGCUAUCUUCGGUUAUUCCACCGUCGAGGAGACCAAGAAGUUCCCGUUCGGGAAGGAGCUGACCCAUGAGAACAUUGUGGCUUGGGGUAAGGAUUUCGCUGCCGGGAAGAUUGAGGCAUCGGUCAAGUCUCAGGAAAUUCCAGAGACGAACGAUGAGGAUGUCAAGGUGGUCGUUGGGAAGACGUUUCAGUCGAUUGUGCUGGAUGAUAGCAAGGAUGUGCUGCUGGAGGCUUAUGCACCGUGGUGCGGACACUGCCAGAGCCUGGAACCCAUCUACAAGAAGCUGGGCAAGAAGUUCAGGAAUAUUCCAAGUGUGGUGAUUGCCAAGAUCGAUGCGACGGCAAAUGAGCACCCCCGUCUUGAGGUUCAGGGUUUCCCUACUCUUCUCCUCUUCAAGGCUGGAGCGAAAGAUGAAGAGCCGAUUCCCUUUGAGGGCGACCGGACUGUGAAGGAAAUGACCAAGUUCCUGAAGGAGAACUGCGGUAUUCCGUUCACUCUUGAGAAGAAGAAGAAGAAGAAGGCCGAAGCCGUUGAAGUUGAGACGGAAGAGGCCAAGGCGGAGGAGAAGGAGCUGGCGAAGGAUGCUGCUACAGAGGAGGGCAAGGAAGAAGUCGUUGAGACUGUCAAGAGCUCUGGCAAGGAGGAACUGUGAGAGAUUGACUUAGUAGAAUGGAGUAGAAGUUUGAG